GGCGAGCUGGGGAGUUGGUGAGUUUCUCUUCGAUCAAAUAUGGCUAAGAGCUUGCGGAGUAAGUGGAAAAGGAAAAUGCGGGCUGAACAAAGAAAAACGAAUGCCCCAAAGGAACUCAGCAGAUUUAAAAGUAUUCUUAAAAUAGACACUGAUGUUAUAGUGAAAGAUGUUCAAGAGAUAGCAAUUGUGGUGGAACCCCAAAGUUGCCAGAAGAUUGAAUGUGCAGUAAAGGAUGCAAAAGAUGACAUGAAAAUGGAGAUUGACAUUAAGAGAAACAAGAAGAGUCUUCUAGAUCAGCAUGGGCAGUACCCUAUCUGGAUGAACCCGUGGCAGAGGAAAAGACUGAAAGCAAAGCGAGAGAAAAAGAAAGGCAAAAGCAGAGCAAAAGCAAUUAAGGGUUUGGCCUGGUAGCCUCUUAAAAUAUUGAGAAAUACCAUAUAGGACAGUUCGUUGAUAAAUGUGUACACUGAUUUCAGCUUCUACCAAAUGAAAACUCUGGUUUUAACUUGACCUUUUUCUUCAGUUCGUAAUUUCCCAC